AUGCGUUUCAUAGCCUGGUUUGAUAUAUCUUGGGUGGACGAGUUUCUGAUAUUAAGUAAAGAUAUGGAAAGUUUGCUGAUUCCAAAAGAAGACAUCUGGUAUCCGGACCUUAGUAUUUACGAUUUACUUCAAAAUCCUCAGGCUGUAAGUGAGGGAACCAAUGUUAUUUUGUUCCAAAAUGGCCGUGUGUCCUGGUACCCUGGGCAGGAGUACACCACUAGAUGUGGAAUUGAUAUUAGAAAGUACCCAUUUGAUGUGCAAAAGUGUAGUUUUCGUGUAGGUGCAUGGCACAAUACAGCUUGGACACAGAAUUAUGUAGCCUCGGAGAAUGGAUUCGAUAUUUCAAGUUUCCGUGAGAACGGAGAGUGGGAAAUAACUGAUACAUCAGCAGAAUCAAUUCGGUUAUCGUUGUAUAACAAUUCUUUCAUAAUGUUUAGCAUCUUACUUAAACGGCGACCUCUACAUCCGGUUCUGAAUACACUUGUCCCAAUUAUCCUUCUCGCCUUCCUGAACACGCUAGUGUUUCUACUUCCGGCUAAUUCUGGUGAGAAGUUGACCCUGUGUGUAUCUGUAUUCUUGUCCUUCACCGUGUUUCUAACCGUGUUUAACGAUACAAUGCCGAAGAUGUCCACUACCGUAUCCUACCUGUCAAUCUACCUUGUCGGUCAGCUCGGAAUGAGUGUGUGUGGAAUUUUCAUGACUAUUUACAUUUGGCGAGUGAAAGACAGAGAAAAGGCAGGAGAAUAUGAAUUUGUCAAUUCUACAUCCAAAAACAUGAACCAAGGAGGAAUACACAGACAACUUUGUACAAACAACAAGGACAUUAAGGCUCUCCCAGCAGAAGAUGCCCUAAAGACGAACGGUUGUGUAGGAGACGAGACCGACUAUCGUUUGUCGUUCGGGGACUACAGCAGAGGGAUGUUAUAUGAAAAAUCCACGGGCAAGAGUUAUUGUAUAACAACAAUGGAGAAAGCCACAGAGCCACAGAGGAGUAUUGCACAAUUGGACAAGAUGAUGUUCGUGGUAACAUUUGGUUUUGUAGUAAUAUCUACAACAUCUCUUUUAAUAGCGUUGAUAAUAUGA